UUGAGAAUGUGAAACAAAUUCGUGAGAGUUAAAUAACAAGCCGUUGAAAUAUAUAUACUUCUGCAUAAAUUAUCAUUUUUUGACAAAGAACGGUUAGUUCAUCCAGGCAACAAGCUCAGAUGUAUCCUACAACCUGAAGAAUAUGGCAGGCAUGAUGCCAGACAAUUCGAGUGGAUGGAGAGGAAAUUUCAUCUUUAUGAUAGAGCUCCGGAAGAAGAUACUAACCUUUAGAGACAUCAUUGACCUUCCACCUUGUGAUGGUUCGAGCCCCAUCCAUGAGCUGGUGAUGGGAACAGUAGAAGAUCUCCAUAAUCUGUACCCUAAUGUUGUUCCCUGCAAUCUGAACUCAGAAAUUAAAGGAUCUUCAAUAAAUCAGGGAUUGGAACACCUUUACACUGCUUUGAAAUCUAUUGGAGAUUCAUGGGCAAAGAACCACAAGUGGAUAACCAACUGUGGAGAUGAGACAGAGGACAGCUUGGUCGACAACAUCAGUUUGGAGCAACUCGGAGAACUUGUACAAGCAAAGCUCAAAUACAUGACUAACAUAGCGAAAAAGAUGUUCGAUGUGAUGGAAGAAGACGAGAAGGGCUCCACCAUCGGGGACGUUUUGUAUAGAUCCUACUCAGACAACAAAACCUACUGCCCUUCCCCAGAUACUCCAACUUCAUUCCCUCCUGAGCUGACCUUUGCUACGAGACUUGGUGAAUUGGCUGCUGUUUCCUGCUCCCGACCUCUUCUUUUGCCUCUCAGACUUCAGGCAAUGGGAAACUUGAUGCCCACCGACAUGAAAUGCCUCUCAUCCAACAUGUACCUUAAUGUAUCAGCUGAAGGUUCCAGCCCCACGAGAGGGAAAAACAAGGCUGCUGUUGACCAAAAUCCAGAAAUAUUGCAAGAAAUUGCUAAAGAAUCACAAGAUAAAGUAAGUCAUGAGAGGCUAAAUGAUUCCAAAGCUACAAACACUUCACCAAAGUUUCCAAAUUUUAGUUCAGAUAAUAUGAUGCCUAAAGCAAGAGAGUUAAUAGCUGUGCCACUUCCACCUCCAAAACCGCUGUUCAAUACUCCUCCAACUAUACCAACAACGGUCCCAUCACCACCGUCCAUUCCGCCUUCAAAUCUUGCUGCAGCGCCACCUCUACUUCCACCUAAAGGAUCCGCACCAGCAGUAUCGCCUCCAAUGCCACUGAAAAAGGGAGCUGCACCACCACCUCCUCCUCCACUUGGUGUAGCAAAGGCCUUACGCCCAAAGAAGGCAACUACCAAACUGAAGAGAUCAACCCAUAUGGGCAACAUGUAUCGGAUCCUGAAAGGAAAGGUUGAAGGCUCUAGUUUAAAUGAAAAGGUUACAAAGAGGAGUAAAACUCAGAUAGGAGUUUCUGCUGGGAAGCAACAGGGAAUGGCUGAUGCAUUAGCAGAGAUGACAAAAAGAUCAGCAUAUUUCCAGCAAAUUGAAGAAGACGUUCAGAAGCAUGAAAAAUCAAUCCUGAACAUUAAAGCUGCCAUCAAUUCCUUUCAAACCAAGGACAUGGCUGAGCUUGUUAAAUUCCACAAAUAUGUGGAACAACAUUUAGAGCAGUUGACUGAUGAGACCCAGGUGCUGGCAAGAUUUGAAGGUUUUCCCACAAAGAAGCUCGAAUCAUUGAGGACUGCGACAGCACUGUACUUAAAAUUGGAAGGAAUAGUUACUGCUCUGGAGAACUGGAAAGUAAUGCCUCCUUUGGGCCAGCUUCUUGACAAGGUUGAUUCCUAUUUCAACAAGAUCAAGGGGGAAAUGGAUGCAUUAGAAAGAACCAAAGAUGAAGAAUCCAAGCGGCUGCAGAGCCAAAAUAUUCAUUUUGACUUUAAUAUUUUAGUGCGAAUCAAGGAAUCUAUGGUAGAUGUUUCUUCAAGUUGCAUGGAGUUGGCACUUAAGGAACGGAGAGAGGCAAAGUCAGCUGCGAAUGGACACACAAAGAUGCUUUGGAGAGCCUUCCAGCUUGCAUUUCGGGUCUAUAGCUUUGCAGGUGGACAAGAUGAUCGGGCUGACAUGUUGACCCGGGAAUUAGCCAAUGAAAUAGAGGCUGAUCCACAACCUGAGUGAUGUCUUUUCCAUCAAACAACAGUAUAAUACAAGAGCCAAUAUUGAGCAAUGUAGUUUGCAUAAUCAGAAGCAUUGCUCAGGAUAUGGCAGCAAGCAUAUUGCAGUUACCUUUUUUGUAAAAUAUGGUGUGCCACUAUAACUAUUUUAUUUAGUAUCUAUAAUACAAAAGACUUGUUACUAUAAAAGGUUAAUUUGGCUUUCAUUGCUCCAACUGGUGACAUAUUCCCCCACCCCCCCACAAGUGACUGCAUACAUAUAUGCAGAGUACAGAGACUUGAACAUGUGCAAUAAUAUUGUUAUGAUAAUAAAGUGUAAGGAAUUAGCAUGCCGUAA